GUAGCUACUCCAGAAAAGAUAUCUCCUCAACAUGACAACAUAUAGCAACUUGGUUGGUUACUUCACUGGCACUAGUUGGAUAAUCAGUCCAUACAGUAUUCCUUUUGUUGUCUACCAUACUGGCAUAGUCGCUGGUCUCCUCGCACUGCUUGUAAUUCUAGUAGCAACCUUGAUACCUGCAAUUUGGUUACUCGAAACCAUGUCCAGAGCGGAGGCGUUGGAGGCUAUCAAAAAGAGGAAAGCAACGGCGGACAAAGAAUACGGCCGUCUGAACCUGACGGAAGCCAUGUCCUUAUGCAAGAUAAGAACUGGGAGAAAGUUUGAGAUGCAGGAGCUGUGUACGUUGUUUAUUGGAAAGCCGGCCGGUAUUGUGUGUACUGCCUUUGUCAUGAUUUAUCUCUGUAACUGGACAACUAUCGCUAUUUCUGCUACUGCUAUUGCCACUAUUGUUCCUGGCAGUGAUCAUGGCACAUUUCUAGGACGUUGUACCGAGGAAGACUUUCACUUCCACGUACAUCCUGUGGGCACCUGCUGGAACACAUAUGUAUUGUCAGUACUGGUAGUUGGAGUAAUUGGUAUUGUUAUUUCUCUUACCAAGCUUCCCGAGAUGAGGAUACUUCAGACAGUAAUAGGAAUUCUUCGCUUUGCCACGUUUGGAGCUAUGAUGAUAUACAGUGUAGUGACAACUGUAGAAGGCGAAGAUGAAAAAGAAGCUGGAACAGCUCGAUGGUUUCAAUUUUCUUUCAACGGACUUACGGCUGCCAUUCCAACCAUAGUUUACGCACUUAUUACUGUUGUUGCAUUACCAUCAAUCACAGGCCCUGUUGCUAACAAAAAUGGACUGAUUAAAAUGUGGAUGGGAAUAAUCAUCACAGCAUCAAGUUUUUGUGGCAUUCUAGGUCUUACUGUUGCAAUUCGUUUUAAACAUCAUGUAAAUGAAAUCGCAUCCCUCAAUUGGCAGUACUUUUGUGAAAGUGCUGUCAUAUUGGAUUGUGCUUUAUCCAUCACUGGAGCAGUCCAUUCAAUAUGGAAUGGGUUCUAUUUUUUGGCAAACACAAUGGAAUCUCAGCUGUUUGGUGGUAACAGGCAAUUUUCUAGACUUGACCAAUCUUUUCAUCGAUUUCUUUGGGCAAUUAUCCGUCUUAUUCCAUCUAUUUUUGUGAGUAAUUUGGUGACUGAAUUCAAGUAUUUGGGUCUUGUCUUGUUCUUCUUGAUCUACUUUAUACCGGGUUUGCUACAGUAUCUUUCAAGAAAGAGAUGGAUGGCUGAGAUUAAAACAGUUACUGCAAAUACACUGAUCGAUCUUCAACAAGAAGAUUCAACCGAGUCAACUGCUUUGAUUGGUGAUAACGUGGCCAUUAUAAAUGAUACUCCUUACAGUGGAUGGUAUAGUCAGCCAGAAGUUGUUGUAGUGGUGCAGUUGGUUGCCUUUCUUGCUUUCGUUCUGACCGUGACAGGUCUUGCUAUGUCUGGCUAGCUGAUGUCAGUGAUUGUUAGCUAGCUGUCCACAUGUUUUGAUUUUUUAAUAACUUUUAGGUUGAUGGACCAACUACUGGUAGACAGGUUAUAAACACUUAUUGCACUUUAACAAUGUAUUCUAUCAUAGUAUUUAUCAUAGUAAUUAUUCUAAUACAAGUAUUUAA